ACUGUUUUCCGCCUUAUCGAUAGGCAGCCGGCCGACGUCUGACGUAACGCGUUUCCCGAGGCCGCGCCAGGCAGCACGACAGCUUCAUCUGCCUGUGCCUCUGCUUAUGCCGCAUCUUUGCUUACACGGUCGGCGCACAUAUGUCACACCCAGCCACGGAGCCAUUUUGCAUAAGUAGUGUAAGUCCGCCGUCCUGUCUCUUCCACGUAUUAUUCGCAGAAUGGCCGCCACGACCGCCAGACCAAGUGUUGUCCCCCAAAAAGACCUGGAAAGCUUCCAGGAGCACCUGCACAAGUCGACACGCAUUUUAGCUCUCUUGGGUGCUGGACUGUCAGCUUCUUCUGGUCUGCCUACCUUCAGAGGUGCAGGUGGACUGUGGAGAACCCAUGAUGCCACCUCAUUAGCAACCCCGGAGGCUUUUCAGCGUGAUCCCGGCCUGGUGUGGCAGUUUUACAGCUACCGCCGCCACAUGGCUUUGGGGGUCAAGCCAAAUCCCGCUCAUUAUGCCCUUGCUGAGCUGGCUAAUAAGAAGAACUUUCUCACUUUGAGCCAGAACGUUGACGGCCUCUCGCCCCGCGCAAAGCACCCUGGAGGGAAGCUCAAACUUCUACACGGCUCGCUCUUUGACGUCAAGUGCUCCGAUUUCUUCUGCGACUAUCUUGAGAAAAACAAUUACACCGACCCAAUUGUACCCGCAUUGGCUAUUCCUACCGACGAGUCAGAUCCCACGACUAAGUCAGCACUCGCAGCGCGAGAGCUCGAUAUCUCUGACGAGAAUGUUGCGAUCCCUGAGCUCGACUACAACCACCUACCGAAGUGUCCUAAGUGUAAAAGCGGCCUCUUGCGCCCCGGCGUUGUCUGGUUCGGCGAGAGACUUCCAAGCGAUGUGUUGGAGGAUGUCGACAACUGGGUGGAUGAGGGUGACAUCGACCUUAUCAUGGUCGUGGGCACAAGCGCAAAGGUCUAUCCUGCUGCUGACUAUGUGAACGUAGCGCGCCGCAAGGGGGCGCGCGUCGCCGUGAUCAACAUGGACAAGAGUGACGAACCAGCUGGUGGCAUGUACUCUCGCGACUGGUUCUUCGAGGGUGACGCUGCGCAAAUUGUGCCUGAGCUCUUGAAGAGCGUGAUUGGCGACGUCAAUACCCAAGAACUUUCAGAUGCUGCAUAUCAACGCUAGUGCGCAGACUGGCCUUGCUUCUACGCCAAGUGCUGUGCGUGCUUGGUUGAUGAGCGGCUACUACUGUAUGUUGUGGUGGACUUCUGCUCUACGUUCUGUGGGUAGUGUGGCAAGUCAGCGAUCAGCACACGACGGAGUACAUGUGUAAGUUUCAUCAUUGCAAAAGACUGUCGCACGGAACAGCGCAUC